UGCAGCGCGGAGAGGGAGGCAUUCCAACCCGACUUCUGCUCCAAGUGCUUGGCUUCUCGCCCGCAGCGAGCACAUCACUGCAGCACGUGCAACCGAUGUGUGAGGAAGAUGGACCAUCACUGUCUGUUCGUCAACAACUGCGUCGGCCAGGGCAACUACAAGUUUUUCCUCCUCCUCCUUUUCUACACUAUCGUAGGAGGGGCGUACAACGCGUUCUGCGACUAUGUCUGUAUCGUGUGGGCCCAUGGGUCCAUGGACGAGUUCUCGAGGAACAUGGCGUUGGCGAACGCGGUUGCGAUCUGCAUGAUUUCCUUCAUCCUCCUUCCCCUUUUCCUGAUCCACAUGUACUUGAUUUCUCGUGACACGACAACCAUCGAGGCUCUCAAGGGC